GGCUGAGUUUCAGACUCUGUGAAUCAGGCUGCAUUCAGCAGCUAGUACAGUUUCUGCAGCCAUUUUUCCCCUCUGAAUCAGAGAGGACCUUUCACAAUCCAUUGCAUCCUGCUGCAUCUAAAGCAACAUUAGCUCCGAGACCCCGUGCAGUUUAAUCUAGAGACUUUGCUAAUCAUUUAUAUGCCUGCAUUUGUUGACUUUGUCUUUUAUUUUGUGUUCAAAUCCCGGUUUGAAGUUAACCAUUUUUUUUGCCCCUCUCUCUCUCUCUCGUUGCAAACAAAAGGGGGAGAGUGGGGGGAAGAUUGCAGCUUUGCAAAAAAAUGCCAAAAGGAGUUUCCCCAGCCCCGGGCAGGGGAAUUAUUGGGGUGGUGACUGGUUCCCAGAAAAAACUUAGCAAUGUGGAAAAUGGGAGUACGGGGCUAUGUAGCCCCCAAAUCCCUACCAUCCCUGCCAGUUAUUUCACUCAAAUUGCAGGAGCAGUGUACUCUGAUCACAGUGAUUGUUUGUAUGCAACCCCUCAAGGACCUGAAGUUAGAACAAUAAGGACCAGCACAGGGCGCCUGCCGGCAAAACGCAAAUUGGACCUGGAAGGCAGCGGUCAUCAGUAUUUACCGGAAUUUCGAACUCCGAAAGGCAAAGGCAAAAUGCCGGCCAGAAUACCCAGUCCGAAAACUCCCAAGUCUCCCGGGGAGAAGACUCGAUAUGACACCUCGCUUGGACUUCUGACCAAGAAGUUUGUCCAUCUCCUCAGCGAGUCUCCAGAUGGUGUCCUGGACCUGAACCGAGCAGCGGAGGUCCUCGAAGUCCAGAAGAGGCGAAUUUACGAUAUCACCAACGUUCUGGAAGGAAUUCAACUCAUCCGGAAAAAAUCCAAAAACAACAUUCAGUGGAUGGGCCGCAGUCUGUUUGAAGACACAUCGGUGGUGGCGAAGCAGCAGUGCCUCAGGCAGGAUCUGACUGAUCUCAUGAGGAAGGAGCGCUCCCUUGACGACCUCAUCCAGAACUGCAGCACGCAGCUGAAAAUGCUGACAGAUGAUGAGGAAAAUCAGAGGCUAGCCUAUGUCACAUACCAAGAUAUUCGCUCAAUUGACAGCUUCCAGGACCAGACAGUGAUCGCGGUGAAAGCACCACCGGAGACAAGGCUAGAGGUGCCCGAUGUCUGUGAGCAGGAGAACCUGCAGAUUUACCUGAAGAGCACUAACGGUCCAAUCGAGGUGUACCUUUGUCCAGAGGAAGCAAUGGAGGAAAACAGCCCAAUGAAGUACAGCACACCUAAGAAGGAGGAGGGUGCUGUCUCUGCAAUUCUCCCAAAGGUUGAACCGGGGACACGUGCUCCAGUCCAGAGUGAAACAGAAUGUCCGAAAAUUGCCUGCAAACUUGAAAUUAAGGAGGAAGUUCCAGAUGACCUGAAGCCAGUUUUGCCGAGCUCGCUGCUGGACUGUGAGGAUGGGGUGCUCGGCCUGUCACAUCACCUCCUCCAGCAGACAGAGGACCAACUCCCCUCCACGUCCUAUGGCGAUACCCCUUUUGUCAGCUUCUCACCGCCCUUGGACCGGGAGGAUUACCUGUGGAGCCUAGAGGAUGGCGAAGGGGUCAGUGACCUCUUUGACUCCUAUGACCUUGAUGAGCUGCUGCGUAACUAGUCCAUUUGACCCUACGACAUCCCACCCCCACCCUCAGAUCCCCUGCUCCAUCAAAGGCUCCAUCUUCCUGAAGGUGAUGAAUGACUUUUAGAGAGAAGGCGUUCGCUCCCAACGGUCUACCCAUGAAUGUUUCAAGGGGCAAUAGCGGACUUCUUGCUGAUGUCGUCAAGGCAUCUUGGGAGUUAGCAGGAGCGUGAUGAUCCCAGUGUCUGGAAUCACAGGGAUUGGCUGUGGGAGCCGGGAGGAACGUGCAGAGGAUCUGCUCCUUGUGACUUGUAGUCUGUGCUGCCUUGAGUUUGGAAUGGGGCUGUGUCAAAGAGGGAGUCUCGCCACUCUGUCACUGUUGACAUGUUUGUUGCUGGUUUUAUCAAAUUUGACUGUAUUGAUGCUCAGUCAUUUCAGGCCCAGUUUACAAUUCGUGACAAAUUUUGAGGUGAGCAAUGGGGCAGGCAAUGCAAUAUGUUGGGCUGCCUUUCCCUGUCACCACUAGUUUUAAAAUAAGCCUUGCCCUCCGAUCUUCCUCACGUUUUAUAGAUUUUGGGUGAGUCAUCUGUCUUUUAUUCCCAGCUUUCUUACUCCCCUGCCUUUGAGCUGUGUGAAUGUUACUCUGGCUCCACUUGAAAACAAUGAAAUACAUCACUAACCAUUACCCUAUUGUAUUGCACUGUGCCCCUUCCAUAGUUUGUACCUGUCUUUGUCUUGUUUCCAAUUAGUGCGCUCGCUUCCAGAGGGAUCAUGUGGAGGUAGGUUUAGGAUUUGUGGGUUUUGCAUGGUGGAUUUCACUUUGCUCCAUUAUCUCCUCUGGCUCCUGAGUUUCUGCCAUUGGUCUUUCGCGUGACCCAGCAUGUUGGCUUUUGUUUACAAAGCUUGUAGUUUUUUGGGUCCCCAGAAUAGGGUAAUCUGUAAAAUCGUCAGAGACUGAGCACAGGAUUUACUUCGCUCUUAUAUGCAAUUCCCAGGAAAUCAAAAUAUGAGUUGUUUUUUUUUCCCCCAAGUCCUGUUUUCUGAUUUGGGAGCUUUGGAAACUGGGCUCAGCCGCCUCUCCCAGACUGUGAGUGGGUAGAUGUUGGAUGCAGCCUGGGUUGAAUCAGUAAUUAGAAAGUGAAUUUGAGAUCACCAUCCAAUCAGCCACGAUCUAAUCGAAUGGGAAAGCAGACCUGGCUCAAGGGGCCCAAUGGCCUGCUCCUUCAAAUUCUUGUGUUCUUUACAAUUUCAUCCCCAGUGUGGGUUAGUCCCAUUUGGCCCAUACCCCUCUAAACCUUUCCAUUCCAUGUGCCUGUCUAAUUGUAUUUUAAAUGUACCCAA